CUAGUUAAGACUUAAGAGUGGUUAAAAUUGUUAUUAUUCUCUUCUUUCUCUCCCUCUCCCGGAAAUCGAGAUAGGUCCUUUUUCCGAACCCUAAUUUCCGUCUGCCCCAAAACUUUUCUUUUUGCCUUUCCUCUUCAAGUUCCCAAUUGCUUCUUCUGUCAAUUCUGCAAUGGAGAUGAUGGAUCACAGAAACUACAGCGGUAAUAUGUACAAUCUGUUCGUGAAGCACUUGGACGGGAAAACCUUAACCCUAAUAUUCCCUUCUCCGAUCCUCUUCGCCAAAACCAUAAAGGAUCGCCUCUUCGACCUUACCGGCAUCCCGCCGCACCACCAACGCCUCGUAACCGGUUUCCGCCACCUCAACGAUGAAGGAUCGGCCAUCUGCUCGCCGGAUGAGGAGGAGGAGGAGCGGCGGCUGGAGAAGGUUGCGGAGGAGUUCCUGAAGAAGCAGAUGAAGAAAGGUAAGAAGGGUGCUGGCGAUGGAGAAGCUCACAAGUAUGUUGCCAAGUAUAGGGAAGAGUCUGAGCGCUGUGUCGCCGAGGUUGCAGAGUCUGUGAAGGAGGCUUUGAAGUCUCUCAAUGGUAAGAGAAAGGGUUCUGAAGCUGCACUGGAGAAAGCUGAUUCUAAGAAGUUGAAGAUAUGGAUGGGGAAGAGAAAAUUGAAUGAAAGUGAUAGUGACGAUUCUGAUGAGAGUGAUGAUGAAGGGGGGAAUCAGAAAUCCAUUGUGUUGAAUAGCCAGACUGAAUCGGAUACUAAUAAGGCGGAAGGCAGUUCGGAUUCAGUAUCUUGUAAGAAACAGAGCGGAGACUCUUCUGGUGCAGGCUCUUGUGAAAGUGGAUCUGAAGAGGAGAGAGAAACUGUACUAGAAGGCAAAGUAGAAGCUGUUGGAUCCCCGUGUGGCGAGGCCACUGAGGCCAAACUCAUUGAUGCUGUUGAACCUGUUGUAUAUGAAGAGAUGAUAGGGGCUGCUACAAUGCCUUGUUCAGAGUCAAUAACUGUGAUUAGUGUUGAAGAUAAUGGACAUCAGGAUUGCAAUGGAGCUGUUGGUCAAGCCUCAGAUAAUCUAAGCUCAGAAAAUGGGGCUGGUGCAAGCAAAUCGAAUGACAUGGAGAUUGAUGAAUCUCUUCAGCAUAAAGCGUUAGUCCAUGAAGAAAUCUCACCAAGUACUAGCAUUCCCGCAUUGGAGGAGCCUCUGAAUUUUGAAGCUUUUAAUUCAGCUGCAGAGCUUGAGGUUCUUGGCUUGGAAAGGUUAAAAUCUGAAUUGCAAUCUCGUGGGCUGAAAUGUGGAGGAACUUUGCAGGAGCGUGCUGCCAGGCUUUUUCUUUUGAAAUCCACUCCACUGGAGAAAAUUCCAAAGAAGCUGCUUGCGAAGAAAUGAGCAGCGCUAUAUGGGCAUCAACCUGAAAAGCUGAUCUCUUUUUGUACAGUAUCUUAUAGCUAUACUAGUUUUUCUUUGCAGGCAGAGGCGAGUGUAUCUUGACUUGGGAACAGAAUAAUUCUCGUUUUUCUCCCCUGUUCCUUUUAUGAAUCACUCUGGCUGUGUAUGUGUAUUCAAUGUGAAACCAGUCUAAUGCAUCACAGUCACGGACAGUUCUAAUUUACCCUUAAGAAUUAAGAUGACUCUAAAUUUUCUAAUAUUUAAAUGGCUGAUGCUGGCCUUCAAGUUCAAGUACACUGAAUGCAGGGCCUAAUAAAUGAUUUGCCUGCGAA